GGCACGUCAGAGUUUUUUUUUCAAUUUCUCAAAUAUUUCAUUUAAAGUAAUGCCAAUAAUCCGGGUUACCUACCUGAUAUUCUAGUCUACUCUUCCAGCAAAGACCAAGAUAACCGAUUAAAAAAACACACAACAACCUGGAACCAUUAUCUGGACCACCUGCUCACUAAGAUGUAGCAAAUUUGGAUUUCACUCAACGAAUUAACUUCGCCUAGAAUUCUUCCCCUGCUCAUCCAAGCUGAACAGAACUGAACUUCAAGCAUUAAGCCAAGUUUGGAACCUUAACAUCGAUCGAUCUUGUCAAAUGGCAGCGUUUUUGGGUGUAUUAUUAAUUUUAAGCCUCUCCCUGACAGUUUCAGGGCGUCAAAUUCAAGGGACGAAACGCUGGAAUGAAUUGUAUCAUAAUUCCAUGUAUGGAAAACUUCAACUUGAGAAUGGACUUGCCCGCACUCCACAAAUGGGGUGGAACAGUUGGAAUUUCUUUGCCUGUGCUAUAAAUGAAACCGUCAUUCGGGAAACAGCUGAUGCACUUGUCUCUACCGGCUUGGCUGAUCUUGGCUAUGUAUAUGUUAAUAUUGAUGAUUGUUGGUCAUCAAUAAUACGCAAUUCAAAGGGUGACUUGGAGCCAGACAAAACGACAUUUCCUUCAGGGAUCAAAGCACUAUCUGACUAUGUCCAUGCAAAAGGCCUAAAACUUGGUAUCUAUUCUGAUGCAGGGAUAUUUACCUGUCAAGUUCGACCAGGCUCAAUUGGCCAUGAGAAUCGAGAUGCAGAGUUGUUUGCAUCUUGGGGCAUUGACUAUUUGAAAUACGAUAAUUGUUACAAUCUUGGCAUCAAACCAGAAGAUCGAUACCCACCUAUGAGGGAGGCACUAAAUGCAACUGGACGUACAAUUUUCUACUCACUUUGUGAAUGGGGUGUGGAUGAUCCAGCUUUGUGGGCAAACAAUGUUGGGAAUAGUUGGCGCACAACUGAUGACAUCAGUGAUUCGUGGAGAAGUAUGACCACAAUUGCAGAUUUGAAUGAUAAAUGGGCAGCAUAUGCUGGCCCUGGUGGAUGGAAUGAUCCUGACAUGUUGGAGGUUGGGAAUGGUGGCAUGACAUAUAAAGAAUAUCGCGCACAUUUUAGUAUUUGGGCUUUAAUGAAGGCACCACUCUUGGUUGGAUGUGACGUAAGAAAUAUGACCAAAGAAACAUUUGAAAUCAUAAGCAAUGAAGAAGUGAUUGCAAUUAAUCAAGAUACCCUUGGCAUACAAGGAAGAAAAGUUUUCAUAGAUGGUAAAGAUGGAUGUAGACAGGUAUGGGCUGGCCCACUGUCUGAAGAACGUUUAGUGGUAGCAUUUUGGAACAGGUGCACAGAACCUACCACUAUUGAAGUCACAUGGGAUGCUAUUGGUCUUGAAGCAAAUGUGGCUGUUACUGUUAGGGAUUUGUGGAAGCAUGAAACUUCAUCCAAAAACAUGGUUGGGAGUAUGGAGGUCACCGUUGACACUCAUGCUUGUGAGAUGUAUUUGUUCACUCCAGAAGGAACAAGUAGCAUGAGUGUGGGGCUGUGUGAUUUAGGAUCUGGUAGUGCAGUUGGAGACAAGGGAAAGGUUGCGUAUGAAAAUAUUGAAAACAUACCUCCUCUAUUGAAGACAUACAUCAAGAGUUCUGCAAAGCCAAAGAGAAAACAUGGAUAUGAGGUGCCUUCAGAGCCGAGCAGUGUGGCGAAGAUCAAUUCUGAUGAUCCAUCAGUAGCUUAGGAUGUUAUAGAUAGUUUUGGGAUGCUUACAUGUCUAUUUGGCAUGUAUAUUUUUUAUAUGGACAUACAUUCACGUAUAUAGA